AUGGCCGAGGCAGCAGCUUUGGGCGUGCUCGAGGAGAAGCCGCCCGAGAAGCCGCCGGAGAAGCCGCGGGAGAAGGUUCAAGCGGCCCCUCCCGUUGCCGAGCCACGCUCGCCGGAAGAGCCCUCUCCUUCCACCGAGGAGGAGGCGGGCCGCCGGAAGCACAAGAAGAAGCACAAGCACAAGAGCAAGCGCCACCAGUCGGAGCUUCCAGGUGGGCCCCUGAUGGGCGGAAAAGGCGAAGCAUACAAGGGCCAAGCCGUAUCUUCCAGAGGAGUGGUUUGCAGGAUGCUGUCAGUCCCAGCUAAGCACCUCUGA